AUGGAUAGCACGGAGAUCUCGGCAGACCUCUCCUUGACCCAGCUCGAGAGGGACCUCGGGCCUCCCAUCUAUGCGCACACAAACGAAGGGCAAGCGAACCUGCGGGAGCUCUUCGCGAGGCACCUGCACGAGCGCGACCACACGAUGAUGCUCGAGUCGAUCAAGCACGACCGGCAGGAGGCAGUGGACCGCAUCGAGAGCCUCAAGUCGGACCUCCUGGGCCUGCGACACUCCCUCGACACUGAGCUCUCCCAAUACGAAUUGGAGCUCGAGGGGCUGCGCGAGGCCCUCGAGGGCGAGGUCGGCCGGCUGCGCACGGAGUUCGACGGGCUGCGCUCGGCCCUCUCGGAGCAACUCGAGCGCGCGGCGCGUGUCGACGACAUCGUGUCCAACAUCCACGCGCACCGCCCCAAGGAAGCAGACGCCAACACCGGGGACGACACGGUGCUGAACAAGGUCGUCGAGGCGGGCUCGCGGCGGUCCGUGACGAUCCAGGAGUCGUCGGGGCGACCAGGGCACUCGCGCAUGAUGCCCGCACCGUCGAUGAAGAGCAAGAAGAGCGCGGGGCAGGCGCUGCGGACGUUCGAGGUCGCGGACAAGAAGCGCGCGGAGAUGAGCAACCGGCAGUCGAUGACAGCGGAGAUGCUCAGCAAGCAGCAAGACGCUGGCGGGAGCACCAAUAUGCGCUCGCGCAUGCGGUCGCGGUUCGGGUCCGUCGCGAUCGUGCCGUAG